AUGCCCAUGCUCAAGGAGCAUAACUAUCCUGUCCUUGCCCCUUCGAAGAUCAAGGCCAAGGGAGGGAAAUUUAGAACCUUAGAUGGAACACCGGGACACACUGAAAACAUCACCGAGAUUGAAAACCCGAAAGACAUUGUGGAGCAAUAUAGAAGCUCAUGUGUUCUUGCAAAGGAAGCAGGCUUUGAUGGGAUUGAAUUGCUCUCUCAGGGCGGAUAUCUUUUGCACAACUUCCUUUGCAGUCACUCCAACGCGCGAGUCGAUAAAUAUGGAGGAUCGGUGGAAAACCGAUGCCGAUUCCCCUUGGAAGUACUCGAUGCUAUUAUAUCCGUUUGGGGCCCUCGGGCCGUUGGAAUCAAGAUCUGCCCAUCUGAUGAUUACAACGACACAAUGGUCAGCUAUGAAGAGCUAACAGAAACUUACACCUACUACAUUCAGGAGUUGAUGAAGCGCAGUCUGGGGUUCAUUAAUCUUUCCCGCAGGGGGUGUGACGUUGGUAGAAACCAGGAUGAUUACUUCAAAUCAAGCCCUAGGCCAGAAGACAAGGCAUUGCCCCCAAACUACGAGCCAUUAAAGGAGUUUGGGAAGGCGAUCAAAUACCCUGGAAGCAGCACCAUGUUAAUGGUGAACCACGAGUAUACCUUCGAGGAAGCAGAAGAUCUCAUAAAGUCAGGUCAAAUUGACCUGGCCCAGUUUGCACGACCGUUUAUCUACAAUCCGGAUUUGGUGACCCGUUUAGUAUCUGGAAUCCCUCUUGCUUCCAAUGACCGAGGUGGGAUGGUCAACUAUGGACCUUACCAGGACCCGAAUGAGAACUACAAUGACUGGCCCCGGGCAAUUUGA